UUAUGUAAUUUUUCUGUUGUCAAUUUUUAAUGUUUUUCUGUUUUGUUUGUUAAAACAUUGAUUUAAAUUAAUUUACGUAAAAAGUGAUAAGAGUUGCUUCGAGCACCAGUAAACGGAAGCGAGUGAUAGUCGAAAACAAUAUUCAUCUUGACGAAUUUCCACAUCAGUUUGAACAUCCAAAAUGGGUCGAAAAGUGACCGUUGCUGUAACAACUCUGAAUCAAUGGGCGCUUGAUUUCGAAGGGAACAUGGGCCGCAUACUUCAGUCCAUUAUUGAGGCACGUGAACUUGGCGCUACUUAUCGCACCGGUCCGGAAUUAGAAGUCUGCGGUUACAGUUGUGAAGAUCACUUCUAUGAGCCAGACACAUUUUUACAUUCCUGGGAGGUAUUAUUAUGCUUGAUGACAUCUCCAUUGUGUCAAGACAUGUUGAUCGAUGUGGGUAUGCCAAUUCAACACAGAAAUGUUGCGUACAACUGCCGAGUAGCUUUUCUGAACAAAAAAAUUCUUCUAAUUCGACCAAAGCUGACAAACUGUGAUGGCGGUAACUACCGUGAGACGCGAUGGUUUUCACCUUGGGUUAAGAAAAUGACCACCGAAGAAUUUUGCCUUCCACGAAUGAUCUCCGAUCAAACUGGUCAGCGUACCGUUCCAAUCGGCGAUGCCGUUUUAUCGACUAAAGAUACUUGCAUUGGCUACGAAAUAUGUGAAGAGCUGUGGCAUGUUAAGAGUACCCACAUUAAUCUGUCCCUGUCCGGCGUCGAAAUUAUGGUCAAUGCGUCGGGAAGUUACAUGGAAUUGCGGAAGGCGUUCAUAGCAACUGAUCUAAUAAAAAAUGCAAGUUUCAAGGCGGGUGGAGCGUAUCUCUUCAGCAAUCUGAGAGGUUGUGACGGUCAGAGGGUGUACUUUAAUGGAUGCUCAGCGAUCGCAUUGAACGGUGAUAUAAUUGCAAGAGGAAAGCAGUACGCCAUUCAGGACGUUGAAGUGACGACUGCUACAUUCGACCUCGAAGACAUACGGUCGUUUCGAAUGUCUUUACGAUCGAGAAGCAACUCAGCAGCUGCUUCGGAAACAUAUCCACGAGUUAUGGUUGACUAUGAACUAUCGAAUGCUCACGACUUUUUUACACCAGUCAACGGACCGUUUGAGUUCAAUUAUCAUUCACCUGAAGAAGAAAUUGCAUUGGGUCCAGCCUGUUGGCUUUGGGAUUACUUACGUCGAUCUGGUCAAGGUGGAUUCUUUUUACCGCUUAGCGGUGGUGCUGAUUCUAGCAGUACGGCCGUGAUCGUUCAUUCCAUGUGUCGACAAGUUGUUUCAGCUAUUAAACUGGGCGACUCUCAAGUGCUGGACGAUGUACGUAAAAUACUCGCAGAUCCAACGUACACGCCGGAUAUUCCAGCCGCUCUUUGUAGUCGACUUUUGGUCACUUGUUAUAUGGGUGGACAAAAUUCAUCGAACGCCACGCGUCAGCUUGCAUCUACUUUGGCUAAUCAAAUUGGAAGUUAUCAUUUGGAGAUAAACAUUGAUACAGCCGUCACGGCGUUACUCGGUAUCUUCACUGCUGUUACAGGAUUAAUGCCGAAAUUUCGGUCUCACGGCGGAUGUCCCAGGCAAAAUUUAGCCUUGCAAAAUAUUCAGGCUCGCAUUCGCAUGGUUCUUUCGUAUUUAUUCGCACAAUUAAUGUUAUGGGUGCGUAAUCGUCCCGGUGGUUUGCUCGUACUUGGUUCUUCGAAUGUGGAUGAAGCACUGCGUGGUUAUAUGACCAAAUACGAUUGUUCCAGUGCUGACAUCAAUCCAAUCGGUGGUAUAUCUAAGACUGAUUUGAAGAAAUUCCUAAACUACGCCAAAGAGAAAUUCGACCUGCCGAUCCUAUCAAAUAUUUUGGAGGCACCACCGACAGCGGAAUUGGAACCGUUAGUCGAUGGACAAGUGACGCAAACGGAUGAACAGGAUAUGGGUAUGACCUAUGAUGAAUUGAGCCAAUUUGGUAAGCUGCGAAAGCAGAACCAUUGCGGACCGUACAGCAUGUUCUGUAGACUGGUCGGAUUGUGGAAAGAUGAGUAUUCACCGCAAGAAGUUGCGGACAAAGUCAAACAUUUCUUCCGUUGUUAUGCAAUCAAUCGCCAUAAAAUGACUGUGCUAACACCAUCAUAUCAUGCGGAAUCAUACAGUCCCGAUGACAAUCGCUUUGAUCAUCGUCCAUUUUUGUAUCGAGCCAAUUGGAGUUGGCAAUUUCGAGCUAUUGACGAUGUGCUGAAAACUAUGAAUUCAACAUCGUCCACUACCAUAACCGAUCGGAGUUCCAAGAUUACCAAACAGCAAUCACUAGAAAAUCAACAAUCACUAACGAGAAGCUCAUCGCAACGCGAUUCAAAGGCAUCGACAAUGUCGUUGGCCACAAUGGAUGCUGCCAAACGUGCGUCCUACAAUAAACUGAACGUGAAUGUGAUGGGAAAAAUUAAGGAUCGGACUGGGGUUCCCGUCUAGAGCUAAGUUUUAUAUUUCAUAUCGAAAAACGUAAAAAAUUCAAGAGAAAGGACACCGAUUCCAUGUUAUGAAUGGAAAUGAAUUGAGGAGAUUUAUUGAGUUGAUUUGAAGAAUUGAAAGUUUUCGGACAGGUAUUGAUUACCAAGUGCUCUUUCAGGCUGAAAAAAUGUUAGUAGAAAGGUACGACGAAUUUAAACAUUUUAUCUAGCUGAUUCGAUUCGUUUUUCCAUUCUAAAAACUAUUUUCUUUCAUGAAUAAAAGUCCUUGCUAAAUGUGGACAUGUGUACUGAACAUAGAUGAUGCGACACAUGAAAAUGUCGGAAUGCCUAAAAUUAAUAAAAUAGUCUGGCCCUUUCAGCGCCCUGGACAAUUAUGGCCUAGGAAGCAACUUUUGUAGGACCCGUGCAAUUGAUUCUUGAGAAGACAUGGCACUGUUUACCUCUGACGUUACCUUUUUUAUGAUUCCUUGGUGAAAAUGGAAAGUCUCAAAAGUGGGAGAGUGAUUCUGCGAAUAGUGUUUCUUGUAGACUAAUCGCAGAAUCUGCGAAUAGUGUUUCGUGAUGAACGUUUUCAUUUCAAAUACAGAAAUUGGACGAAUUUUUUUUUUCGUUACUUCAAUAGUUCAACCUUAAUGCUGAAAGGGUGACCAAAGAACGAACCACUCCUUAUAUGCGACCACGAACUCAAAAAAUAAACCACUAAGCCAAUAAAAUAAGCACUAAGCUUUGAAGUAGUGACUAAAUUCGGCAAAGGAAACUCCCCAACUGAAAUGUGUGAAAUCAUAAUAUUUUUCAUUUCGGGUGACUGAAAUUCGUUUGUUAACAUUCAAUCCCUGCAUUCUCUUAAUUUCUUUCUUCCAAGGUGGUGAAGAGUCAAAUCAUCAUACAUAUGCUAUUCUGAUACGAAAAGAAAUGGUUGUGGUGACUUCAAUUUUGUUCGAUUCUUGGAAAUUAUUCUUCUACGCAACGGAACGGUUUUUCUGAGUUCUCUGAAGUCCCAUAACCCUAACAAUACUCUGUUUUGGGUACCCUUU